CGUGGUAGUAAUAGGGGCUGAUAAGAACAUUCCCAUACAUUAGCAAAUCCAAAAUAAUUAUUUCAGUAUUAAAAAACUCAUCGUCGUCGACAGGUGUGAAUUAUUGUGUCAAAUUAAUUAUUGUAUAUCAUUUUAAUGCACAAUUUCCACAUUUAAUCAUGAAACGAAGUGAAUUAAAGUUGCAAUUUCGCAAGCAUAGUCGCUCGAUAUCACAAAUGGUGGAAGAAAUGGAUAAGAUACGCGAAGCAGAAAACUCAGCAAGUUUGGAAGGUGGAGUCGUGAAUUACGGAAUGGAACAUUCAAAUACAGAGUUGAAUAACUAUGGCGCAACAUCAAAUGAAUUUUUAGAUCUCACCGAUGCAACACUCUCGCCAGAUUCAGAAUAUGAUGAGGCAUUGGCAUUUCCAGAAGAUAAUUUUUCAAUUGUGACAGUCGGACAAAAUCCAGUUUUGGUUAAGAAGCAAAAUAAGAAACAAAUUGUCUCAAAUGGUGAUCAUGCUAAUGACAGUUCAAGUUCAGAUGAUGAAGUUGAUACAACAAAAACAUAUAUUAAGCCACCAAGGGAACUGCCAUAUAAUUACAUCUACAGUGUACCUAUAAAGUUCAAUUCAUUCGAUAGAAAAAUAUUCAUUCCUGGGACACAAAUUCAUGUCUCGAUAACCAAUUUCGAACGGUCAAUGACAACGCAUUUAUUAAAUCCAAUUCUAUACACAAUUCAAUUGCAGCAUGGCAGUUUCAUUUGGACAAUUAAGAAACGCUAUAAAGAUUUCGUUAAUUUGCACAACUCACUACGAAUGUUUCGGACGUCCUUGAAUUUUCCUCUGCCGUCACGCACACAUCGAGAGAUUCGAAGUAGCUUUAGAAAUAAUCACAAAAUUUCUAUAUCAACGAUCAACAAUUCUAAUAUAGUAGAUGACGCGUCAAAUGAUACAAUGAAUGCAAACAAGAAGAAGCAAAAGAAGAAGAGAAAAAAAGGUUCAUUGCCAAGGUUUCCUAAACGUCCGGACACACUUCUAUCUGUCGAUCAAAUUCCAGCAAGAAUAAAGCAAUUAGAGAAUUACCUUUACAAUCUACUCAACAUCACAUUGUAUCGGAAUCACCACGAUACUAUCAAUUUCCUUCAAGUAUCAAAUUUCUCAUUCAUUGCGGCACUUGGCGAGAAAGGACGUGAAUUGUUGAUAAAGAAAAGAACUGGCAGCACAAAUCCGGGACAUAAAAAGUGCAAUUUACUUGGAUGCUUUUCAUUGGGAUGCUGUAUUAGAUGCAAUUACUUUUGUUCCGAGAGCUGCUGUUCACAAUGGCAACAGCGAUGGCUAUUUGUAAAGGAAACCUGUUUUGGAUUGAUUCGUCCGAAAGACGGUAUUGUUCGGAGUGUCAUUCUUUUUGAUCAAGGUUUUGAAACAUCGUUGGGAAUGUACAGUACGGGAUUAAGAAGCGGUCUUCAAAUAUUGACAAAUUCACGUUACAUGGUCAUAAAAUAUUCAUCGAAAAAAAUAGCAAAGGAUUGGAAUAACUAUUUGAAGCAAAUCGCAAAUACAACAGCACGAGAUUUUACCUCACCAAAUCCACACAAUUCAUUCGCACCUGUACGAACAUCCACGUUAGCUUCAUGGUUUGUGGAUGGUGCAAACCACAUGAGUGCGGUAGCCGAUGCUUUAGAAGGUGCAUUAGAAGAAAUUUUCAUUGCUGAUUGGUGGUUGAGUCCUGAAAUAUACAUGAAGCGUCCAACACUCGAUGGUGAAUAUUGGCGUUUGGAUAAAGUUUUGCUACGAAAAGCGAGACAAGGCGUGAAGAUAUUCAUUCUACUAUAUAAAGAGGUUGAAAUGGCACUAGGAUUAAAUAGCUACUACAGCAAACAAAGGUUAGUUCAAUUACAUGAAAACAUUAAGGUUUUAAGACAUCCAGAUCACGUACGUGUUGGAGUAUUUUUUUGGGCACAUCAUGAAAAGCUCGUUGUUGUUGACCAAACGUAUGCAUUUGUUGGUGGAAUUGAUUUAGCUUAUGGAAGAUGGGACGAUCAUAAACACAGAUUGAAAGAUUUGGGAAGUAUAAGCAUUACUGCAAAGCAAGCAAAUCGACAGUCAUAUAUAGCUAUAGAAAAUCCUUUACGCUCUCUAAUUGUUCAAUCAACCGAGAUUUUGCAAGCGACUGCUACGGCAAGGUCUAAUAAUGACAAUCUAAGCGUUACAGCACAAGAAAGUCUUACAAUAACGACAACAAAGACGAGGAAAGUGACAGUAAGAAAAGAUAACGAAACCGACGAAGAAUUGGAUGAGCAUACUAAAAGAGAUACACCCGAAAUGAAACGUAAAGGAAUUACGGAAAAGAUUAAGGAGAAUGUAAAAAUUACGGGAAAGGAAUUAAUAAAUCGCUUAACAUUGAACACAGAUGGUGGUGGCACCGCUGUUGUAGAAGCACCAGUGAUGAUAAAAGUUGAGUCAGUCGUUGAAGAAAUCCCUCCAGCCUAUUUCGAACUUGAUGGACAAGCAAAGUUGUGGAUUGGAAAAGACUACACAAAUUUCAUAUUCAAAGAUUUCACAGAACUUAAUCAGCCAUUCACAGAUCUUGUAGAUCGAAAUAAAAUGCCUCGUAUGCCUUGGCAUGAUAUAUCAAGUGUUGUUGUAGGAGCUGCUGCACGUGAUGUUGCACGUCACUUUAUCGAGCGAUGGAAUGCAUCUAAAUUAGAAAAGGCUAGAGAAAAUUUAAGCUACCCAUACCUAAUGCCAAAAAGUUACAAUGACAUUCGUGUUGAUGCAAAUUUUUGGAAUAAAUCAAAAGUGACUCUUGAACGUGUGACAGUCCAAGUACUUCGUAGCGCAUCAAAUUGGAGUACAGGAUUUAUCGAAAAUGAUUAUCUCGAACAGAGCAUACAUGAAGCUUACGUGGAAACAAUAUCACGCGCUCAACACUACAUUUACAUUGAGAAUCAAUUUUUCAUUUCUUUGGGCUUCCCCGAUACAAUUGUAAAGAAUCAGAUAGCUGAGAGCUUAUUCAAACGAAUUGUGCGAGCUCACCGUGAGAAAAAAGUAUUUCGUGUUUAUGUUGUGCUUCCAUUAUUGCCAGGAUUUGAAGGGGAUGUUGCUGGAAAUUCUGGUAUUGCAUUAAGAAUCAUAACACAUUGGAAUUAUGCAUCGAUAUGCAGAGCUGAAAAUUCCAUAUUCAAGAGACUCUUGAAAGCCGGUAUAAAGAAUCCAUUAGACUACAUCAGCUUCCAUAGUUUAAGAAAUCAUUCAACAUUAAAUGAAGUGCCAAUAACUGAACUAAUUUAUGUUCAUUCUAAAUUAAUGAUUGUUGAUGAUAGAACAGUAAUCGUUGGUUCUGCAAAUAUUAAUGAUCGAUCAAUGUUGGGCAAGAGAGACUCAGAAAUGGCAAUAAUUGUAAAUGAUGAAGCUUUUCAUGAUGGAAAAAUGAAUGGAGAAACAUUCCCAACAGGCAAUUUUGCUGGAAGCUUGAGAAGAUUUUUAUUUAGGGAACAUUUGGGGCUGUUAGAACAGCAUCUAAAUGGUGAAGAAGAUGAAAUUGAUAUUAAUGAUCCUAUAUCUGAUGCAUUCUUUAAAGAAACUUGGCAGAAAAUAUCUAAAGAUAAUUCAAACAUUUUUGAUGACGUCUUUAAAUGCAUACCAAAUAAUGCAGUCCGAACAAUUGCAACACUUAAAAAGUAUAAUGAUGAACCAGCUCUCUCUAAAGCCGAUCCUGAAAAGGCUGCAGAAAAAUUAAAGAGUAUUCAAGGAUAUUUAGUCGAUCUACCUCUAGACUUCCUAUGUGAUGAAGAUUUAACCCCUCCAACUGCAUCUAAAGAAGGCAUGCUGUCACAUGCAGUAUGGACUUAGUGGACAAAUUUAUUUUUACUAUUAUUGUUGUUAAUGUUAUUUUUGGAUGACAAAGUUUUAUAUUAAAAAUGUUAAUGCAUCGUUCAAAUUUUAA